AUGUGCAAAACUCUUCAGUAUGUGUUCACUCAAUGUUACAGUUAUGAGGGAGAACACGUUCCCAAUUGCAAAGGCCAAAUGAGACCCGUUGUCAUUGAGCUAUGUGAGGAUGCUGCCGCGCAGGGUUAUCCUCCUCAUGCCUACGUGUACAACUACUACAAUAUCCCGCGUUGCCAGCCAGUCGUGACAGAGACUCGCGAAAUCCAUACCAUGUGCACCUGGCAUCAGAAAAUACACUGGAAUUUUGGAGGAGCCGAGCGACCAGACCCAUUUGCAGAGGCCUUUAACCGAUUCUAUAUCCCCGCCGGAGACAAUGACACAGGGUCACCCGUGUUGGUGGAAGACGACAACUAUACGUAUCACGUCGAAGGCUCUCCGUGGGAGAACCCUUGGUUCCGAGAGGUGAACUGGAAUCCUGAGGCCAGGUCUGCCACCCUGGAUCCACCUUCAAUGAGCCCGAAGGAUGCCACUGACUAUACCCACCCUGAAACCGGCGUCGUAAAUACUCAUGAACAUCCAGGAAAAUGGCGCUCAGCCGAUGGUCGUCCGGUUGUCUUGCUUGACGUCCCAGAAGAUCCUCCACGGAAGAACUCACGAUGGCCACCUUAUGCUGCUGCUAUCCAACCUCCCAGGCCCCAGCAGCCUGCCACAACACAGCCAAAUGGGCAUAAUCCUCCCGCACAGCUCAACCCUUAUGGGUCUGCGAGGGCACCCAGCCGAGAAAACGACACCUCGCCAUCGACACGAUCUACGAGAUCUUCUUCAAGUUCCCUACCAUACCAGCCGCCUCCGUCGCAAAGGCCGGCAGCCCAACAAAAUCAAGUCGACGCAUUGGUGGGCGCCCUGUCGAAUUUUGGCGCUAACGCUUCCAACCAGACCGCCGGCGGGAACACUCAAGGACCAGCAAAUGGAAGCCCAUCGCCACAUUCUCGACGAAGGUCUCCCUCGUUCCAGCCCGAUACACCAACAAGAUCUCGACAGCCUUCACCGGCAGGCUGGCAACCAGAUAGUCCAACCAAGAGAAAGAGAGACUCUGAGGCAGAAGGCGACGACGAAAGCCCUUCGAAGCGAAGGCACACCGAUAGCUCCAGCUCGGGAAGCACACCUUCCAGCUCAUCCCCCAGUUCAAGAGCCAGAUCCCACCCGACUCCCCUUCAAAGUCGUCCCAGGAUCACUCUACGCCUUCCAAAUCGGAACGGUGCAUCAUCCCAGCAACCGCGACCCAAGAUAACCUUGAAAAUCACCCAGGCUAACAAUGCCCCCGGCGCAUCAACAAAGCAAUCACGGCCAAAACUGACCGUGAAAAUCCCUAAGUCAACCGCUCCUCUACCUGAAUUCCUCGGAUACGCUUCCACACGCGGCACCCCUCCACGUCCCAGCUUCAGCACCAUUACCAACAGCGCCAGCAGCCCCGACGACGACGACACUCCUCCCCCAGCCCCGACAACAAAGAAGCCCAAGAUCACUUUGAAACUUAGGCAGCCUAAGAUCACGCUCAAAGUCAAGCAGCCGAGAGUCACUCCCAGACUUCAGCUGAACCGGGCAGCUCGUCGGGGUCAACCUCAAGCCUCAGCACCAACUACAUAUACUGGACCUAGAACUCGAGCCCGUGCCCGAGCAGAAGCAGAGCAGGCUCAACAAGGUCCUGUGACGCGCGCACGGAGUCGAGUCAAUGCGAAGGUGAAGAAGGUCAAUUACAGGGUCUGA